AUGUUAGAGCAGUUACUGAUUUUUACUAGAGGAGGUUUGAUCCUCUGGACAUGCAAAGAGCUUGGAAAUGCUCUAAGGGGUUCACCUAUUGACACCUUGAUUAGGUCUUGCCUUUUGGAGGAAAGGUCAGGUGCAGCAUCAUACAAUUAUGAUGCACCCGGUGCUUCAUAUACACUUAAAUGGACAUUUCACAAUGAACUUGGACUUGUAUUUGUUGCUAUAUAUCAGCGGAUUCUUCAUCUCUUGUAUGUGGACGACUUGCUUGCUAUGGUUAAGAAAGAAUUCUCGGAGAUCUAUGAUCCUAAGCGUACUUCAUACAAUGACUUUGAUGACAUAUUUCUGCAGCUUAAGAAGGAAGCUGAGUCUCGUGCAGAGGAAAUGAAGAAAUCAAAGCAGGCGAACAAGCCUGUGAAUAAUAAUGUUGGUAAGAAACAAGGAAAGGUGCAAAAUGGUAGUAUGGAAGGAGGCAAUAAAAAAAAGAGUGGAGGUGAAUCUGGAGAUGAUGGUGGAGAUGGCAACAAGUUUAAAGGUCACCCAUUAGAAAACGGAAAUAACCAUGUUGGAAACGGGGAAGUGCCCACAAGGGGUAAUAGUAAAGAGAAUAAGAUCUCUGAUACUGGGGCUUUUGAUGUAAAUAAACUCCAGAAGCUUAGGUCUAAAGGUGGAAAGAAAACUGACACUUUUGUUAACAAGGGUUCCAAGGUAGAACCCAAUAAAAAGGUAACUAAAAAGAACAGAAUUUGGGAUGAUUCACCUUCAGAGUCAAAAUUGGAUUUUACUGAUCCAGUGAGUGAGAAUGGGGAUGAAAAUAUAGCCGUUGUAGUAGCAGAUCAAGGUAAGAGUAUGAUGGACAAAGAGGAGAUUAUUGAUAGUGAAAGUGAUACUGAGGAUGAGGAAAUGACUAAGGAUAAUAAGGUAGAAACAAAGAAGAAAAGUUGGUUCUCAUCCAUGUUCCAGAGUAUCGCUGGAAAAGCAAAUUUGGAGAAAUCUGACCUAGAACCAGCUCUGAAAGCUCUCAAGGACAGGCUCAUGACCAAGAAUGUGGCAGAGGAAAUAGCUGAAAAACUUUGUGAAUCAGUUGCUGCAAGUCUCGAAGGCAAAAAGCUAGCCUCUUUUACUAGAGUUUCUUCGACAGCGCAGGCGGCUAUGGAAGAAGCCCUUGUUCGUAUAUUAACUCCCAGGCGCUCCAUUGACAUUUUGAGGGAUGUUCAUGCUGCCAAGGAGCAAGGGAAACCGUAUGUUGUGGUUUUUGUUGGAGUCAAUGGAGUUGGGAAAUCUACCAAUCUUGCAAAGGUUGCUUACUGGCUUUUGCAGCAUAAGAUCAAUGUCAUGAUGGCGGCUUGUGACACAUUCAGAUCAGGAGCUGUUGAGCAGCUGCGUACCCAUGCACGUAGACUCCAGAUCCCAAUAUUUGAGAAGGGUUAUGAGAAAGAUCCUGCAAUUGUGGCAAAGGAAGCAAUUCAGGAGGCAAGUCGAAAUGGUUCAGAUGUCGUUCUGGUGGAUACAGCUGGACGAAUGCAGGACAAUGAACCAUUGAUGAGAGCUCUGUCGAAGCUUAUUUAUGUUAAUAGUCCAGAUCUCGUUUUGUUUGUUGGUGAGGCACUUGUGGGGAAUGAUGCUGUGGACCAGUUGUCAAAGUUUAAUCAGAAACUAGCUGACUUCUCACCCUCACCAAAUCCCAGAUUGAUUGAUGGAGUCCUUCUCACUAAGUUUGAUACCAUCGACGAUAAGGUGGGAGCUGCACUGUCUAUGGUUUAUAUUUCUGGAGCACCUGUCAUGUUUGUUGGAUGUGGACAGUCUUACACAGAUUUGAAGAAGCUCAAUGUCAAAUCUAUUGUCAAAACACUCCUUAAAUAA